CUGAUUUCGAAGUUAUUGCUACUGUUCAUUACUACUGAAAACUCAGCAAUUUCUAUAAAUAACCUUCACAUCCGUCUUUCUUUUUCUCUACUUUAUAUAAUCUAUUAUCAACAUGAGUGAAGACUACGAAGGAGGACGCCCUAGAGAUGACGGCAUCAUUCGAUAUGGUGAUCAUAUCUCUCUUAAACACAUCCUCACUGGCCGCUUUCUUACUUCCAAGAAUGAAACAUACAACAGCGGUUCAUAUCAACAAAGGGUAUUCACGAAUGACUAUGUAAGCGACGAAAGCACCUGGAUUGUGCUUCCUCCUGUCGUGACUGAGGAAGAACCUGGCUAUGAGGUUGGUUGGGAUGAUCCUGUUCGCCUCAAGCACGUUCCUACACGCGCCAAUCUCCAUUCACAUGAAGUUCCAAGCCCUGCAUCGGGUCAGCAAGAAGUCUCUUGCUUUGGCGAUGAUGAAAACACUGAUGAUAACGAUGUCUGGAAAGUUCAACAGUUUGAUGAAGAUGAUGAACAAUAUGAUGAUUUUUGGCGCGUAGGUCAGCCCUUUAUUUUGCGUCAUGAAGUAACAGGCAAGCUGCUUCACUCUCAUGACGUUGCUCUUGAAGAGGGUGGUAAUGAAGUCACAGGAUAUGAAGGCACAGAUGACAAUGACAAAUGGGUUGUCAGUUUUGAUUAACUCUGUAUUAUAUGCGAUUAAAUAAACAAACACUUUAACCACUCAAUUGAGCUCAUGAUGACUUAAAAAAUAUCAUCUCAUACCAUUAGCCAGGUGUAGAUUGCGUCUUGGCGGAUAAUACACUUUAGAGCUGCUUUUCUAUAUUUUUCAACUAAAAUAACUUGUAUAAUUGCUUUCAUUUCGGUCAGAUCCCUCUUUUCACCGCUUCAUCUUUAACAACAAGUCUCUGGGCGUAAACAGAGG